AUGCUUGUUAUGCUCUAUGCUCCAGCCUGCACAUGUCACUACGCCCUUCCUCACAAAGAAGAAUUGCAGCGGAGCCUGGGAGUUGAGCUGUUCUUGGGACUUGCAAAGCCCUGUGUGAUCUUACAGCCAUCCUGGGCAUUGCUGCCCUGGUGCACAGUGAACACCUACCUCUUCAUGAUGCAAGCCCAAGGCAUCAUGAUUCGUGAAAACAUGCGAACAAUAGGAGCUCAGGUGUACGAGCAGGUGGUCCGCAGUGCCUAUGCCAAGAGGAACAGCAGCGUGAAUGACUCAGAUUAUCCUCUUGAUCUGAACCACAAUGACACCUUUCUGCAAGCCACAACGUUUCUUCCUGAAGACUUUACCUACUUCCCCAACCACACGUGUCCUGAAAGGCUCCCUUCUAUGAAGGGCUCCAUUGAUGUAAAUAUGAGCGAGAUCACGAUGGAGGAUAUCCACCAGUUCUUCUCAAAAGACCCUUCCAUCAAGCUGGGAGGCCACUGGAAGCCGAGCGACUGCCUGCCUCGCUGGAAGGUGGCGAUUCUGAUCCCAUUCCGCAAUCGAUACGAGCAUCUUCCCGUCCUCUUCAGACACCUUAUUCCCAUGCUGCAGCGGCAACAUUUACAGUUCGCCUUCUACGUUGUGGAACAAGCUGGAAACCAACCCUUUAACCGUGCUAUGCUCUUCAAUGUUGGCUUUCGGGAAGCAAUGAAGGACUUGGACUGGGACUGUCUCAUCUUUCACGAUGUGGACCACAUACCAGAAAACGACCGUAACUACUAUGGGUGUGGACAGAUGCCGAGGCACUUUGCAGCCAAGCUGGAUAAGUACAUGUAUCUGCUCCCUUACAACGAGUUCUUUGGUGGGGUGAGUGGCCUGACUGUCGAGCAGUUUCAGAAGAUCAAUGGUUUCCCUAACGCCUUCUGGGGCUGGGGCGGUGAAGAUGACGACCUCUGGAACAGAGUGCAGUAUGCAGGCUACUCGGUGAGUCGACCAGAAGGAGACACAGGGAAAUACAAAUCAAUUCCCCACCAUCAUAGGGGAGAAGUGCAGUUCCUAGGAAGGUACGCCUUGUUGAGGAAGUCAAAAGAAAGGCAAGCCCUGGACGGCCUCAAUAACUUGAACUACUUUCCAAACGUCACGUAUGACGCCUUGUAUAAGAACAUCACUGUUAACCUGACACCAGAGCUGGCUCUGGUGACCGAAUAUUAA